AAUUUUCAUAAAUGUUUAGAUCUCAAAACUUUAUAUAUUGUAUCCAGAUAAAAUAACGAAAAUGUACGACAAACUAUGAAAUUGUGCUCACAAAGCUAACUGUGAAACCAAUGAGAUUUUUUUUAUCAAAACUGAGACGUUACUUUAUUGCAAUAGCUAUUUGCUACUGUUUGGAAAGGUCCAAUUAAUUACGCAUGCGAAAAUAGAUCAGCAGUAUUGAUAGGAUAUAUUUUGAGUGCAUCUGAUCUAGUACAAAAGUAGAAGAAGAAGCAGAAGAGCAAAUUUACAUAUGGGAUAACAUUUCUUUCGCGGAAGAAUAACUUUUCAAAGAUGGAGAGUGAAAAGAAAAUGUUGCUAUCUUUAAAAAAGGAAUUAAACCCAAAUGUUACGAUCGAUGGGCAAAUUGCUUAUACAGUACCAUAUAUAUUGAACGGAUCUCUAUUUCGAAUACUUACGCAGGAGGGUGAGAAUGUAACGGUAAAAUGCUGCAAUUGCCCAGAAGAUAGAAUUUAUCGUGGUAGCUUGCGUUCAACCGGCAAUUUUCAUAUGCACAUCAAACGCCGCCAUCCUAAUUUGAUGAGCACUUUGGAAAAGAUGAAAAUUGACGCAGUGCUAGAACGUCGUCACUGCCAAUCAAAAAAGCGCAACGCGCAAACUAUCGAUAACAAAUCGAAGGUGAAAAAAUUGAAAGAAGGUUCUGAAAAGGACUCGGUUUCGUCGUCAUCGCAGCGUACGCUUAAGAUAAAAAAAGUGUAUCGACGCCAUCAACAAGAGGCUCUACGUAACGAAAGUACCGCAAUUAAUUUUGCAAAUCAAAGCGUAGAAGAUACACAAAGAAAAAACGACGAUGGGCAAAAAGUGCAAAUCGCAAUAAAACCAGAACGUAACAAUACAACAGUUCCGUUAAAUUUAAGUGUUAGAACUGAUGAGCAGAGCGAAGUUGCUCCUCGUGGCUCGCAAGAUAAAAAUGCAUUGAUUGGCGUUUCCACCUCUUCCGCACCGCAACAGGAUACAAUAGAAGAAGCGGAAGCAAAUACUGAGGCUCAUAAUACCAAUGACGACACUACGGAAACACCAAUAGCGGCUUCAAGUGAAAUAACAAAUUUAUUGAAUUUAAUUUAUUAUAAAAUCUUGGAUGUCAUGCGAGGCGAAUAUCGUUCUUAUGAUGCAGGACAUAAUAAUGUUACAACACAAGGUAUUGCAGCCAACCCUAGUAUUGGUAAUUCGCCAUAUAAUUUCGACAUUGGCUAUGUGACAUCCUCCAAUAUUGCCAUCACUUUGGAUAAAAUAAAAACCGAUUUAGGGAAUUUGUCACAUACUUUUCAAUUGUUACAAAAUGAAAUAAGGUUGCAAAAUCUCAUUUAUAGUUAUUUGCUCUGCUUUCAAAAUAAUAACUCUAAUAUGCGUUAAUUGAUUUCAUAAAAUUAUAAAAUAAUUAUUA